AUGGCGUCAGCAGCAACUAGAUCUAAAACUAAAGUAUACCUCCUUGGUUUAACAGUAACUGAAUUAACUGGCAACUUGUUGCCAACCUUACAGCAGGCUCUUGGUCUGCUUUUACAUCACCAUCUUCAACUGAAACAAACUAUCAGACAGUCAUCAGCUGUUAUAGUCGAAAAGCUGGCAAUAUUUUAUGAAAUGGCAAGGAUCCCAAUGAUGGAUCCAAAAAACUGCAUAACUAAACUAUUGAUAGAACGAACAUUUGAAGAAUGGUGUUUGCUAAAGAAAAACAAGAGGCGACAAUCUGUAACACAGCAAACAAAUAAGACUGAAUUUGUUUUCAGCGCCGUCGAUCGUGCCGGUUUGAUAGACGACAUAUUCAUGCUAAGCAGAGCAGGAAUUUUACAUGCUUCGUAUAUUUUCGACGUCGUUAAAUAUUUAAAAAAUGAAAAAGAAUAUGCACCUUGGAAGAUAGCUUUAAGUCAUUUUCAUGAUCUACUAAUGCUUUUAGAAGAUGAUUCGCAUCUGUUACUUAUCCAGAAUUAUUUUUCAAGUAUACUUGCAUCAAUUAUAACCGAAUUUUCAGACUGGAAUGAAGAAGAAUCUAACCAAAUGAUAAAAUUACGUACAUCCGUCUUUCUUUCCGCUCUAAAGAUUGAAAAUGUGGAUAUUAUUCAGAAAUCUAUACAAAUGUUUCAAAACUGGAUGGAUAGAGACGAACCGUGUUAG